AUGGUACUGCUGCAGCCCACGCUGCAAUGUGCCAACAUGCCGACGAGCUCACCAUGCGGCAAGGCCAUCCUUCACGCCAUGACGCACGGCUUCGCGCAGCAUCCUGAGCACUACAUCGGCCUUUCCGUGCAUUCCACGUACAGCGCCUUCCAGGCAUAUUAUCACAAUGGAGACAUGCACUUUUGCCCGCGCCCCUGCUUGAAAAUGGAGCAAGCCUGUGUGCCCUUCACGCCCAGCUUCCCCGGCAUGAAUCACAUCGCCGAGUGCCGCAAGCAGAUGGUCCAGCAGCCAGAGGCGUUUCCGGAGCUGUCCUCGGAUUCCACGGAUCAAGAAGUGGCGAAAGCCCUCUACAUGCGGGGAGCACCCGGAGUUCCGCGCGUCUGUGAGGACGAUGAAGUGCCAGGGCAUGCUGUUGACCUCGAGGAGGAAGAGGAGAACGAGGCGCAGUCGGAAGUCUCUGGGGUGAAGAAGGCCGUCCAGGAGAUCUACAUCCAGGAGGAAAGGGAACGAGAGGAGCGAGAAGAACGUGCACGCGAGGAAGCCCGGCGCAAAAGGGAGGAGGCGAGAAAGAAAGCGGAGGAAGCCUGGAGAAAACAGCAAGAAGCCAUGGAGAAAGCCCAGGAGGAGGCUCGACGCAAGAAGGAGCAAGCCCUCGAGAAAGCCCAGGCUGCCAGACGCAACGCCAGUCAAGCGCACGCCCAGGACAACAUCACUCACAAAGCAGCGGCCGCCAGAAGCAAUGCCAGCCAUGCGCAGCACAAGGCCAACAUCAGCAAAGCAGAGCCUGCCAGAAGCGGCAGUCAUGGCCAUUCCCAGGAGGCGCAGGUCGUCAAGGCCAAGCAGGCCGUUCCUGCUCAAGUCUCAACCACCACGACAGAGGAGCCAGAGGAGGCCGGCAGCUCGGCCUCUCAGGGCUUCACCGAUAACGUCUACGGCGAUAGCGGCUCUGCGGGCUGGGACGGGGAUGGAGUGGACGGGGAUGGCGACAGCGCGGAUGGCGACGACGGUGCAUGGAAUACCGGCUAUGAGCAGUACGGCGGGAACCGAGAUUUGCUAGACGAGAUGAAGCCGGGCCGGCCUUGCUUCACGUCUGGCCGCAGCUUCUCGCUGCUGGAUUCAGCCAGCCAUCUUCCUGUGUCCUCUCGCGACAGCCGCAGUUGCAAGGUGCAUUGCCGGAGCAGCGCAGAAGCAGCUUUCUUCGUCUUCCAGGUGAGCGCCGGGCUCUGCCACUGUCCACCAGCUGCCGCCCGGGUCGUGGAGGCCGGAGCCGACUUCGUGGGCGGAAACCUCGGCUGCGACGACGGGUCGGCUGUUAUAACCAGGGAUUACGCCACUGUGCCUGCGGUAUCAAGCAGCGGCAAGCAUGUCGCCCUUGUCUUGGCGGCUUGUGGUACUUGCGCCUUGGUUCUCGCACUGGCCGCCUUCGUGAAUCGAGGGCGGCUCGCCAAUCCGCUAAUGUACCCUCGGUCAGCCGUUGAAGGCUGUGACUGCCCAGCCGAUUAUGGCCCCGUUCACGAGAUGCGGACGGUGCCGAACUUCCACGCGGCCUCAGAGGUCAGCGUACCUUUCGCGUAUGAAUACGUCUAG